GUGUGGCUCAGUGUGGCUUCGCGAUGGCUCCUCUCACUCCUCGCAGCCCUCCCCUACUCCUCCUCCUCCUCCUCUUUCUUACCUUGUCCUUCGCUGAGUCCUCCCACCACUGCCAGCGCCCUUGUAAGCCAGGGGACAACCGUAUCUGCCACUAUGACUUCUUCGUCGAGGACUACUACACGCUUAGCCGCGCCUGCUACGCCUGCCCCGACAACCUCACCGACUGCUCGCGUCCGGAGUGCAUCGCUGCGGACGGCACAGCACAGCCACUGCUGACCGUCAACCGCCAGUUCCCCGGCCCCUCCGUACAGGUGUGUGCGCGGGACAGGGUGGUGGUGGACCUGCACAACAUGCAGCUCAGUGACUCCGAGUCGCUGCACUUCCACGGACAGGCCAUGGCGGACCAGCAGUACUACGACGGCGUGCCCUACAUCACGCAGUGCCCCGUGCUGGCCGGCACCUUCAGGUACAACUUCAUCACCGGGACGGCCGGGUCUCAGCUCUGGCACUCUCACGUGGGCUUGCAUCGCGGCAGCGGGGUGUUCGGGGCGUUGGUGAUUCGUGAAGCGGAGGACCCACUGCGCCACCUCUACGACACCGACCUGCCCGAACACGUGGUGGUGGUGAGCGACUGGAACCACGUGGACAUCAACACCUUCUUCUGGGACACACACCACCGCGGGGCCUUCAUCUUCCCGCGAAAUAUUCUCUUCAACGGCAAAGGGAGAGAUCCGACGACAGGGGUGCUGCUGCCCCUGGAGGUGGUACACGUGAAGGCAGGCGCCAGACAUCGCAUGAGGUUCAUCAACGGAGGGAGCCUGGACUGCCCCGUGGUGCUCUCCGUGGACGCGCACCGCCUCACCAUCAUUGCCAUGGACGGCACUGCAAUCGAGCCCUUCACCACGGACUCCUUCGUCAUGUUCUCAGGCGAGAGGUUUGACGUGAUUCUGGAGGCCAACCAGACAGUGGACAACUACUGGAUAAGAAACGAUGGGCUGGUCAUGUGUGGGUUUGAUGAUGCCAUGCAGGGGGCCAUCCUGCGCUAUGAAGGAGCGCCAGAAGAGGAUCCUACACCCACCCUGACCUAUGACCCCAAUCCUCAAGGAGUGAUGGUGAACCCGGCUCGGCCCGACCCCGACUCCCCCAACAUUGUGAGCUGUGUGGACCUGGACAGCCUUGAACCAUCACACCUCGACGAAAAGCCAGACAAGAAGUUCUAUUUAGCAUUCAACUUCCGCGCUGUCAACAACACUGCCUUCUUCAACCCCAAGUACUACCCCUUCAACGGAGUCAGCCAUCAGUUCCAGACGGUGACGCCCCAAGUGAACAACAUCAGCUUCAAGUACCCUGUGUCGCCGCUGCUCUCCCAGCCCGAGGCGCCCCAGCCCACCAUGUGUCUGUACGGCGAGGACCCGCCGUGUGAUGGGGACUUCUGCAGCUGCACCUACACCCUUGAGGUGGGCCUGGGCGAGACGGUGGAGAUAGUGCUGAUCGACGAGGGGGACUUUGUCAACUCCAGCCACCCCUUCCACCUCCACGGCCACAACUUCAACGUGAUCGCCAUGGAGCGCCUCGGAGACAAAACAACCCGAGCGGAGGUGAUUGCGCUGGACGACAAGGGCGGCAUCAAGCGUAGGCUUGACAACACCAUCAUGAAGGACACCAUCAACAUCCCCCACGGAGGCUACACGGUCAUCAGGUUCACCGCAGACAACCCAGGCUGGUGGGCCAUGCACUGCCACCUGGUGGACCACGCAGAGAUGGGCAUGGUGGCUGUUCUGCAUGUGGGAACCCAAAAACACAUCCCACCCAUUCCUGAAGGGUUCCCGAAAUGUGGUAAUUUCAAGCCUGACGUGUUUUCAUAGUUAGUGUUGAGGUGGGGGAGGAGGAUGCUGAUGAGUGGUGGUGGUGAGUUAUUUUCAGUGUUGUUGGCAGUGAUGGUGAUGAUGGUGGUAAUGAAGAGUAUGUUGGUGGUGGUACUGGGUAGUGGGUGAUUAUGGUGGUGGUGGUGAGUAAUUUUCAUAAUUGUUAUCGGUGAUGGUAACCGAUGGUGGUAAUGAAUCAUAUAGUGGUGGUGGUAUUGAGUAGUGGGUGAUUAUGGUGGUGGUAGUGAGUAGGUGGGGAGUGUGUUAUUGAUGCUAAGGGAGGGUGUAGGUUGUUGUCAGUGGAGAUGGUGGUGGUAAUGUAGUGUUAGGGAGUUGUAGAGGUGAUGGGAUUGGUGAUGCUAGCCAUGAUUAAAGAGCUUUUGUCUGUACAGUAAGAAAAGGCAGCCCAAGGGGGUCCAUAUAUAAAAAAAUACCUGUAACAUAAUAAAAGAGUGAAGCUCCUGGUUGAUUCUUGUAUAAGUAGCUGGGUGAGCUCAGGGUGGUGGUGAGUUACUGAUGACCAAGAAAUGUUAAUUACUCAGUUAAUUUAUUGACACUCCCUGAAUAAAUUAAUGAAAGAAGGGACUGGCUGAUUCACUUAAUAAAUGCAUGAGAGAACGAAAGAGUGACUAUCUGACUGACUAGUUAACUGAAUGAUGAAUAAAUGAGUGAAUGAAUGACGACAAAUACAUAAUUGAAAUAAAGGACUUGAUUAUAACCUAACUUGCUAACACACUGACCAACUAACAACCUCAAGCCUGUGAUGGUCUCCUCACCUCAAGGGUCAACAGGUCUGGCUUCCCUCAUCCUUCAGUCUGCCCCUCCCAGAUGACUCAACACUUCUCAUUGCUGACGUUCUUUUCACACACACACACCUUUGUA